AUGAGCUCCAUCACGCCUGCCUCUUUCGUCGACGACGGUAGCUCUUUCGAAAAGCGCAUUCUUCACCCAACACACAAUCGCAAAUCGCUCAACGAUGCCGCCUCAGACACCACAUCGGCAUACUCAGGCAGCUACAUCGACGAUGGCGCUGACAUGCUCCUUCCCUCACGACGCACACCAGGCUUCGGUCCCAUCAAUCCGAAAUUCUACAAGCAGCGCAAACGCAAAGAGAACGAAAACGACGCAUGGAACAACGACAUCCAAAAAGCCGUGGGGGGCGACAUCGGACGCAGCCUGGAGAAGUUACGUGGUAUCGGCGGCGUAGAAGUGAAGCGUCACACCGACACACUCGACAAGCACGGCAAGAGAAGGAAGGACACCAUCACCAUCCCGCUGCCACGUAGAUGGGGCACAUUCAUCAUCAAAGCCGACGACGGACGCGUCAUUGUCGUCGACGAAGAUGGCGAAUUCGAUUCUGGACCACAGUUGCAGCAAGAGCCGAGGAAAUGGGUCAAGGCGCCGACUACGGCAUCUAUUCCUCCGUCUGAGGAGAGAAGGGAGAGUAAGAAGAAGCAUCUCGGGCCGAUCAAGUCACUCAUGCCGAUCCCGGAGUCGGAGUAUGAAGAGGGUUAUGUCCUGGAGGGAGAGGAAGACCUCAUGUCGCCUACGGGGUUCUUCGUGACUGGUGGCGCGAGCGGGUGGCUGGAGAGGAGCUCGGCGUUCGAAUUCGUUGAAGCCUGCAUCGCCUAUACGCUCGUUGCCGGGAAGUUGGCCAUCUCCACCACUAUCACCUUCGAAGGGCGCCAACAUGGUGAUGAUAACGUGUCCACGGAGAGCUACUCAACAUAUAAACUGGCGACUGUGGAAGAUGCAGCUGAUACUUCAUCUGCGAAUGGAUCGUUGGUGAAAGAGGGAGGGUGGAGUGGUAGUCAAAAGAGCAAGGGAGAUGAGUGGGAUGGAGGUCCCGAUGGUAAUGAGACCGGCUGGGGAGGGCACAAACAGGCAAGUGAGAAUGGAUGGGAUGGCAGUAAGAACAUCUCUAGCAGCAGCAUCAAGUCCAGCCACAGGAGCUCGAGACCUGCUGAUAAUACCGACAUAUGGUCCGAACAGCCUCUACCUAGCAGCAUCGCGCUUGAACAAACUCUACCCAGUGGCAUCUGGCCCGAACAGCCUCUACGUAGCGGUGUCAGGCCCGAACAGCCAUUACCCAGCACCCAUCUUGCUCCAAGCGUUGUUCAGAACUGGAUUGGCGACCACGUCAAGACCGUCAGCGAAGCCAGCACCCACAAAUCUCGGUCCCACAACCACAAGCACCACAGCCGCAGCCGCUCCCGGGGCCUCAGCGAAGCAAGCUGGGACGGCUUCGAGAAGCCCAAGACCAUGAGCGACGUCAGCGUCGCCGGGACAGGCAGUGAAAGGAGCUGGCCCGAGAGUAGACAGCGCAGUCGUCGAAGCAAUCGGACGGAUAAUUGGGGAGGGAGUCAGGAGGCUAAUGUGGGGGAGAGGACGGACAGUGAGAGUGGACGUGGAAGUAGGUAUGAGAAUGGGUUCGAUGAGGAUAAUGGGACGUAUUUGAAUGGGAGUUGGAGUGGGGUUAAGGUUAGGGUGAGGAGUCGGAGGGGGAGUAUGAACGCUGGCGUGUGGGGGGAAUAA